UGUAAAUAAUCAAAAUGCGCGCGUGAGUUGAACAUCCACAUUUUGCGUAGGUACAACGUUCGGAAAUGUGGCGGUCACUGGGUCUAUUGUUUACGAUCGCCAUUCUAAUAACUCAGACAUGCCAAAGUAAUGUCAACGUAACUAGAAGUACCAGCAGAAGAUCCAAAUUUCUUUUUUAUAACCCUGACUACAAUGAUAAACCAAUCAACGGCGAAGAGUUCGAUUUCAUCAUAGUUGGCGCAGGAUCAGCAGGAUCUGCGAUUGCAAAUAGACUUUCUGAAAUCGCACAAUGGAAAAUUCUAUUGUUAGAAGCGGGUUAUCCACCUGUGGAAGUAAUCGACAUGCCCGUAUUUGCACCAGCGUUCCAGUUUACGCCGUACAACUGGAAGAAUCUCAUGGAAAAACAGGAGUUUAUGAGCUUAGGCCUUCAAGAUCAAAAGAUGAGUUGGCCUAGAGGAAAAGGUCUCGGUGGGAGUUCUUUGAUAAACUACAUGAUACAUGUCAGAGGCAAUCGAUUAGAUUACGACAAAUGGGCAGCCAUGGGUAACCCUGGCUGGUCAUACAAUGAUUUACUUCCGUAUUUUAUGAAGUUAGAAGAAACUCGCAUCCAACUCCAGGAUCCACAAUACCGAGGUCAUGAAGGAUACGUGAAGGUAGAAGAUGUGCCAUUACGAACCCGAUCCGCAAAGGCUUUCAUAGAUGCUCUUCAGCAAAUGGGAUACAGUUACGUCGAUUAUAACGGUUACCAGCAAAUAGGCGUAUCAUAUGUUCAAGGGACUCUGGAGAACAGUAGAAGAUGUAGUGCUGAAAAGGCGUACCUCCGACCAGCACAGGAAAGGAAUAAUUUGAAAAUUAUUAAGAAGGNUAUAAAUGUUUCAGAUAAACCAAUCAACGGCGAAGAGUUCGAUUUCAUCAUAGUUGGCGCAGGAUCAGCAGGAUCUGCGAUUGCAAAUAGACUUUCUGAAAUCGCACAAUGGAAAAUUCUAUUGUUAGAAGCGGGUUAUCCACCUGUGGAAGUAAUCGACAUGCCCGUAUUUGCACCAGCGUUCCAGUUUACGCCGUACAACUGGAAGAAUCUCAUGGAAAAACAGGAGUUUAUGAGCUUAGGCCUUCAAGAUCAAAAGAUGAGUUGGCCUAGAGGAAAAGGCCUCGGUGGAAGUUCUUUGAUAAACUACAUGAUACAUGUCAGAGGUAAUCGAUUAGAUUACGACAAAUGGGCAGCCAUGGGCAACCCUGGCUGGUCAUACAAUGAUUUACUUCCGUAUUUUAUGAAGUUAGAAGAAACUCGUAUCCAACUCCAGGAUCCACAAUACCGAGGUCAUGAAGGAUACGUGAAGGUAGAAGAUGUGCCAUUACGAACCCGAUCCGCAAAGGCUUUCAUAGAUGCUCUUCAGCAAAUGGGAUACAGUUACGUCGAUUAUAACGGUUACCAGCAAAUAGGCGUAUCAUAUGUUCAAGGGACUCUGGAGAACAGUAGAAGAUGUAGUGCUGAAAAGGCGUACCUCCGACCAGCACAGGAAAGGAAUAAUUUGAAAAUUAUUAAGAAGGCCCUUGUUACAAAGAUCAUUAUAAAUCCAGUUACAUUAGAAGCCGAAGGAGUGAAAUAUGAACGAAAUGGAAUAUAUUACACUGCCAAGGCCAGAAAGGAAGUAAUUCUUUCUGCUGGAGCAUUUCACUCGCCACAUCUGCUCAUGCUUUCCGGAAUCGGUCCAAAGCGUCAUCUGAACGAAGUAGGCAUACCCGUUAUUAAAGAUCUUCCUGUGGGCCAAAAAAUGUACGACCAUCUAACCUUUCCGGGACUGACAAUUACCUUAAAUGAGUCGAUAGUAUUUAAAGGCAGCUUUUUUGACAUCAGUUCCUACAAGAAAUACUUCUCAAAUCAACCAAGUCUAAUAAACAUUCUUGGAGGUGUAGAAGCCUUGGCGUAUCUAAAUCUAAACCUUACCAACCCUAAUCCUACUUAUCCGGACAUAGAACUGAUUUUUGUGGGAGGCGGACUACACUCGGAUCAAGGAUUAAUUACAAGAAGAGUUUUCAGAAUUACAGAUAAAGUAUACAACAGAAUUUGGAGACCCAUUGAGAACAAAAAUGCAUGUCAAAUAUGGCCCAUGUUGGUGCAUCCUAAAUCUUAUGGUUCUAUUAAGCUGAAAUCCAAGAAUCCUCAUGUUCAGCCCAAACUUUAUGGAAACUAUUUCACAGAUGCGUACAAUGAAGAUGUGAGAACAUUUAUAGCAUCGAUUAGGGCCAUACAAAGAAUUAUCAAAACCCCAGCAUUUCGACGUUAUAAUGCCCAAUUGUUGGAUACGCCUAUUCCAGGAUGUGAACCGUUUCAGUUCGAUUCUGAUCAGUAUUGGGAAUGUGCAUUACGUCACUUAGCAGCAACACUACAUCAUCAGGUGGCAACAUGUAAAAUGGGUCCCAAACAAGAUCCCGAAGCUGUAGUGGACAGUUCCCUUAGGGUUUAUGGAAUAAGAAGGCUGAGGGUUGCGGAUUUAAGUGUUAUUCCCCUACCCCUAACGGCUCACACCAACGUACCAGCUUUUAUGGUCGCAGAAAAAGCUUCCGAUAUCAUAAAACAAGACUAUAGGUAUCGUCCAUACCAAAGUUAUUGAUUAAGGAAAAAUAAAUAAUAUUAAAAAAGUGAUAUUACAUUUAGGACACUAAACACCUAAGUACGUUUUCGAUUAAGUAUUAAACAUAAAAUUACCCAUAGAUAUUACGUAGAAUUUUAAUAUGAAAUAUAUUUGACAUAAACAAUGAUAGUUCCGCAUAUACAUACAUGAUAUAAAGUAAUUGUUUCAAACUGCAAGUUUUGUGUCAU